CCGGGGCCGAUAUUUCCGUGAAGAAAUCAUUUCUGAGUUUCUCCCUGCCAGAUCCCGGUGGGCAGGCAGCGCGGUCACCGGCAUGACCCCCUACCCCAGAACGACCGGCGGGCCGACGGCCCUGAUCCUGCUCCUGACCCCGGCUCUUCUCUGGACCGUCUGCGCCGCAGGAGCGCCCAGCAACUCCUCCACCGCUCCCACCCACAUCCACCUCGACGGGAACCCGGCCCAGUGCCCCGGGGCUGAUUUCUGCAUCAAGGUGUCGCGGUGCUGCCAGCUGGGCGUGGACGAACAGGGCUGGGUGGCAGCCGCCGUGGGCUGGAGCCUCUGGUUCAUCACGCUCAUCCUGCUCUGCGUCGACAAGCUCGUGAAGUUGCCCGCAGAUGAGCCCAAGGACCUGCAGGCCUGAGGGCUGGGACCCUCGACCCGGUGACACCCCCCUCCCCCCCGCCCCCAGCUGCAGACAGAGGCCCGGGCUGGCAACCAGUACCAACUCCUUCUGGGGGAAGCUCCGCCCGCCGACAUCGGUGGGGCUUCCCCGCAUGGCGUAGAGGAUAGAGCCCGGGCCCGGGAGUCAGAAGGUCGCGGGUUCUAAUCCGAGCUCCGCCACUUGUCCGC